UAGGGGAUUUACUUCCGGGGUAGGCUCCUGCAGGGGAAUGUUUCCGGUUCGGCGGAGGUAUUCAGAGCGUCGUGUUCCGCGGAGUCUGUCGCGAUGGCUCGAAAUGCGGAAAAAGCCAUGACGGCCUUGGCCAGAUUUCGCCAGGCUCAACUGGAAGAAGGAAAAGUUAAGGAGCGAAGGCCCUUCCUUGCAUCAGAAUGUAAUGAGCUGCCUAAAGCUGAGAAAUGGAGGCGACAGAUUAUUGGUGAAAUAUCCAAGAAGGUGGCACAAAUUCAAAAUGCUGGUUUAGGUGAAUUCAGAAUCCGUGACUUGAAUGAUGAAAUUAACAAACUCCUAAGAGAGAAGGGACAUUGGGAAGUCCGAAUAAAGGAAUUGGGAGGACCUGAUUAUGCAAGAGUGGGUCCCAAAAUGCUUGAUCAUGAAGGAAAAGAAGUUCCAGGAAACAGAGGCUACAAAUACUUUGGAGCUGCUAAAGACUUACCUGGUGUCCGAGAGCUUUUUGAAAAAGAACCUCUCCCGCCUCCAAGGAAGACACGAGCUGAACUAAUGAAAGCUAUUGAUGCAGAAUACUAUGGAUACAGAGAUGAGGAUGAUGGUGUUCUAGAGCCAUUGGAACAGGAACAUGAGAGGAAAGUUAUUGCGGAAGCAAUGGAGAAGUGGAAAGUAGAGAAAGAGGCACGACUUGCAGGAGGUGACAAGGAAGAAGAAGAGGAGGAAGUAAACAUAUAUGCAGUCAAUGAUGAUGAGUCUGAUGAAGAGAGUGGAAAGGAAAAAGAAGGCGAAGAUAGCCAGCAGAAAUUUAUUGCACAUGUCCCAGUGCCAUCACAACAGGAGAUCGAGGAAGCUCUGGUCCGAAGGAAGAAGAUGGAACUGCUUCAGAAAUAUGCCAGCGAAGCUCUUAUGGCUCAGAGCGAAGAGGCUAAAAGGCUUCUUGGGUUGUAGUACAUCUUGGGUUACUUUGGUUUUUAUAAUCCAUCCAAAGGCAAUAAAUGAAAGUCUGAGGACGUCAUCACCCUAGAGCAGUGGUUCUCAACCUGUGGGUCCCCAGGUGUUUUGGCCUACAACUCCCAGAAAUCCCAGCCAGUUUACCAGCUGUUAGGAUAUC